AUGGCUGCUUGCCACAUUCGCUCUAUCAGCUUGCCCUCAAGAUCUCACCCUCUAAAUGUCAGCGUAGAAGAUCAAUUGGACAGGUUGAGAUCAUCAGAAACAACUUCUACUUCAGUUUACCACAAAUUGAGUGGCCUCAAAGUCUUGUAUGAGUGUGUUGAGGAUUUUCUUCAGUUGCCAAUAACACAACAAACCCUCUCCAAUGAACAACAAAAAGAAAGGGGAGAAGAGGUGUUGAGUGGAUCUCUGCUCUUGUUGGACAUGUGCAGCACAACUAGAGAUGUUUUUUCAUCAAUGAAGGAGUGCUUGCAGGAACUUGAAUCAUCUCUCAGGAGGAGAAAAGGUGGAGAAUCUGGAUUCGCAAGUGAAGUUGAAGCUUAUAUUAUGUCCAGGAAACAAUUAGAUAAAACAAUCCGCAAAUGCUUCAAAAAUUUGAAGAGCAUGGAGAAGAACAUCACUUCAGAAGUCGAUGCAGUCAGCCUGCUGACAGAAGUAAAAGGAAUCAGCCUCGAGAUUUUCCAAUCUCUCUUGUCCAUGGUUUCUCAGACAAAGGCAAGAUCAAGCUCCCAUGGCUGGGCUGUCGUUUCAAAAUUAUUUCAAUCCAAACGUGUAUCAUGCGAAGCUGAACUCAAUGAAUUCGAAAAGAUAGACGCCGAAUUGCUUGUCCUGAAGUCGAGCAAAGACAUCAAUUCUGUACAACUGCAAAAUACAUUGAAAGGACUGGAGGCCUUAGAGUCAACCAUUCAGGAAGCAGAGGAGGAGUUGGAGGCUGUUUACAGGAAAUUACUGAAAACCAGAGUUACCAUUCUCAACAUUCUCAGCCACUAG